CGAGAAGGCAAUUCCUGGCUGGCGGUUGGCAUCUGAGCAGGCGUCAGGAUGUUGGGCUGGGUCCAGAGGGUGCUGCCUCAGCCCCCAGGGACCCCUCGGAAGACCAAGAUGCAGGAGGAAGAGAAAGUGGAACCAGAGCCAGAGCUGGAGGCGGAGGUGGAACCAGAACCGAAUCCCGAGGAGGCCGAGACAGAGUCCGAGUCCAUGCCCCCUGAAGAGUCAUUCAAGGAGGAGGAAGUGGCUGUGGCGGACCCAAGCCCUCAGGAGACCAAGGAGGCUGCCCUUACUUCCACCAUAUCCCUCCGGGCCCAGGGCGCUGAGAUUUCUGAAAUGAACAGUCCCAGCCGCAGGGUACUGACCUGGCUCAUGAAGGGCGUGGAGAAGGUGAUCCCGCAGCCUGUUCACAGCGUCACGGAGGACCCGGCUCAGAUCCUGGGUCACGGCAGCACUGGGGACACAGGGUGCACAGAUGAACCCAAUGAGGCCCUUGAGGCCCAAGACACUAGGCCCGGGCUGCGGCUGCUUCUGUGGCUGGAGCAGAAUCUGGAGAGAGUGCUUCCUCAGCCCCCCAAAUCCUCUGAGGUCUGGAGAGAUGAGCCUGAAGUUGCUACAGGUGCUGCCUCAGACCCAGCGCCUCCAGGACGCCCCCAGGAAAUGGGGCCCAAGCUGCAGGCCCGGGAGACCCCCUCCCUGCCCACAACCGUCCCCCUGCAGCCCAAGGAGGAACCCAAGGAGGCACCAGCUCCAGAGCCCCAGCCCGGCUCCCAGGCCCAGACCUCCUCCCUGCCACCACCCAGGGACCCUGCCAGGCUGGUGGCGUGGGUCUUGCACAGGCUGGAGAUGGCCUUGCCGCAGCCAGUGCUACAUGGGAAAAUAGGGGAACAGGAGCCUGACUCCCCUGGGAUAUGUGAUGUGCAGACCAUCAGCAUCCUUCCUGGAGGGCAAGUGGAGCCUGACCUCGUCCUAGAGGAGGUUGAACCGCACUGGGAGGAUGCCCACCAGGAUGUCAGUACCAGCUCACAGGGUACAGAGGUGGUUCCAGCUUAUGAAGAAGAGAACAAAGCCGUGGAGAAGAUGCCCAGAGAGCUGUCCCGGAUUGAAGAGGAGAAAGAAGAUGAGGAGGAGGAAGAGGAAGAGGAGGAGGAAGAGGAAGAGGAGGAGGUGACUGAGGUGCUGCUGGAUAGCUGUGUGGUGUCGCAGGUGGGCGUGGGCCAGAGCGAAGAAGACAGGACCCGGCCUCAGAGCGCUUCAGACCAGAAGCUGUGGGAGGAGGCUGAGGAGGAGGCUGAGGAGGAGGCUGAAGAGGAGGCUGAAAAGGAGCCCCAGGACUGGGCCGAGACCAACGAGGAGCCUGAGGCCGAGGCCGAGGCUGCCAGUUCAGGAGUGCCUGUCACGAAACAGCACCCAGAAGUGCAGGUGGAAGAUACCGAUGCUGAUAGCUGCCCCCUCAUGGCAGAGGAGAAUCCACCCUCACCCAUGUUGCCGCCACCGUCUCCUGCCAAAUCAGACACCCUCAUAGUCCCAAGCUCAGCCUCGGAGACACACAGGAAGAAGCUGUCCUCUGAGGAUGAUGAGGCUGAAGAGCUCAAGGCGUUGUCACCAGCUGAGUCCCCAGUGGUUGCCUGGUCCGACCCCACCACCCCGAAGGACACUGACGGCCAGGACCGUGCGGCCUCCACGGCCAGCACAAAUAGCGCCAUCAUCAACGACCGGCUCCAGGAGCUGGUGAAGCUCUUCAGGGAGCGGACAGAGAAAGUGAAGGAGAAACUCAUUGACCCUGACGUCACCUCUGAUGAGGAGAGCCCCAAGCCCUCCCCAGCCAAGAAAGCCUUGGAGCCAGCUCCAGACACAAAGCCGGCUGAAGCCGAGCCAGUGGAAGAGGGGCACUAUUGCGACAUGCUCUGCUGCAAGUUCAAACGCCACCCCUGGAAGAAGUACCAGUUUCCCCAGAGCAUUGACCCGCUGACCAACCUGAUGUAUGUCCUAUGGCUGUUCUUCGUGGUGAUGGCCUGGAAUUGGAACUGUUGGCUGAUUCCCGUGCGCUGGGCCUUCCCCUACCAGACCCCGGACAACAUCCACCUCUGGCUGCUGAUGGAUUACCUAUGCGACCUCAUCUACUUCCUGGACAUCACCGUGUUCCAGAUACGCCUGCAGUUUGUCAGAGGCGGGGACAUCAUUACGGACAAAAAAGACAUGCGAAAUAACUACCUGAAGUCUCCCCGCUUCAAGAUGGACCUGCUCAGCCUCCUGCCCUUGGAUUUUCUCUAUUUGAAAGUCGGUGUGAACCCCCUCCUCCGCCUGCCCCGCUGUUUAAAGUACAUGGCCUUCUUCGAGUUUAACAGCCGCCUGGAAUCCAUCCUCAGCAAAGCCUACGUGUACAGGGUCAUCAGGACCACAGCCUACCUUCUCUACAGCCUGCAUUUGAAUUCCUGUCUUUAUUACUGGGCAUCGGCCUAUCAGGGCCUCGGCUCCACUCACUGGGUUUACGAUGGCGUGGGAAACAGUUAUAUUCGCUGUUACUACUUUGCUGUGAAGACCCUCAUCACCAUCGGGGGGCUGCCUGACCCCAAGACACUCUUCGAAAUUGUCUUCCAGCUGCUGAAUUAUUUCACAGGCGUCUUUGCUUUCUCUGUGAUGAUCGGACAGAUGAGAGAUGUGGUAGGGGCCGCCACUGCGGGACAGACCUACUACCGCAGCUGCAUGGACAACACAGUGAAGUACAUGAACUUCUACAAGAUCCCCAAGUCCGUGCAGAACCGUGUCAAGACCUGGUACGAGUACACCUGGCACUCGCAAGGCAUGCUGGAUGAGUCAGAGCUGAUGGUGCAGCUUCCAGACAAGAUGCGGCUGGACCUCGCCAUCGACGUGAACUACAACAUCGUUAGCAAAGUCGCACUCUUUCAGGGCUGUGACCGGCAGAUGAUCUUUGACAUGCUGAAGAGGCUUCGCUCUGUUGUCUACCUGCCCAAUGACUAUGUGUGCAAGAAGGGGGAGAUCGGCCGUGAGAUGUACAUCAUCCAGGCGGGGCAAGUGCAGGUGUUGGGCGGCCCUGAUGGGAAAUCUGUGCUGGUGACGCUGAAAGCUGGAUCUGUGUUUGGAGAAAUAAGCUUGCUGGCUGUUGGGGGCGGGAACCGGCGCACGGCCAACGUGGUGGCCCAUGGGUUUACCAAUCUCUUCAUCCUGGAUAAGAAGGACCUGAAUGAGAUUUUGGUGCAUUAUCCUGAGUCUCAGAAGUUACUCCGGAAGAAAGCCAGGCGCAUGCUGAGAAACAACAAUAAGCCCAAGGAGGAGAAGAGCGUGCUGAUCCUUCCGCCCCGGGUGGGCACCCCAAAGCUCUUCAGCGCUGCCCUCGCUAUGACAGGAAAGAUGGGUGGCAAGGGGGCAAAAGGCGGCAAACUAGCUCACCUCCGGGCCCGGCUCAAAGAACUGGCCGCGCUGGAGGCGGCUGCAAAGCAGCAAGAGUUGCUGGAACAGGCCAAGAGCUCGCAAGAUGCCAAGGGAGAGGAAGGUUCGGCUGCCCCAGACCAGCGCACGCCCCCAAAGGAGGCCGCUCCCGACCCACCCGCGCCCCGGACGCCCCCCGAGCCCCCGGGGUCUCCACCGCGCUCUCUACCACCUGCCUCCCUUGGGAGGCCGGAGGGAGAGGAGGAGGGGCCGGCCGAGCCCGAGGAGCACUCGGUGAGGAUCCGCGUGAGCCCGGGCCCGGAGCCGGGAGAGCAGAUCCUGUCGGUGGAGAUGCCGGAGGAAAAGGAGGAGAAGGCGGAGUAAGGUGGGGUAAGGCGGCUCCCGCGCGCAGUUCUGGCAGGUGUGCCCCCAGCGCCCGCUGCGCUCCUGCGCCCCAGCGCCCCAUCUUCCCCCACGGCCCAAGAGGAGAUGCUUUUCCGUAGUCGUGGCUUCAGUGGCUGCAGCUCUGACCGCCCCUCCAGCACGCCAGCCCCGACUCAGCUCCUCGCGGGGCUGGGCCUGAGCUCGACAAAUUGAAUCACGUGUUGGAGUCCCUGAGCUCUAUCAUUUGAGAGCCCUACCUUUUCCUGACUGUUCCUCUUUUUAAGAACAAAAUGAUUUUCCACUUUUAAAGUUCAUGGGUAGGGGAUAAAAUGAGGCUCCAAUAUAUGGGAAGCUUUGUUGAAAAAGUAAAGGGUUAUUGAAUGUGUGGGGUUUGCUCUCAGGAAUUUGUCUAACACAUUUCAAGGAUAGAAAAUACUUCACGGCAGGGCAUGGUGGCUCAUGCCUAUAAUCCCAGCGCUUUGGGAAGCCGAAGCAGGAGGAUCACUGGAGGCCAAGAUUUGGAGAGCAGACUGGGCAACAUAGCGAGACCCCAUCUCAAACAAAAACAAAACAAAAAAAGCAAUAGCCAGGCGUGAUGGUGUGCACCUGUAGUCCCAGCUACUGGAGAGGUUGAGGCAGGAGGAUGGCUUGAGCCCAGGAGUUUCUGGCUGCAGUGAGCUGGACACAGUGAGACCCUGUCUCAAAAAAAACUAAAAGAUAGCCCGGCACAGUGGUUCACAUCUGCAAUCUCAGCAGUUUGGGAAGCUGAGAUGGGAGGACUGUUUGAGACCAGGAGUUCAAGAUCAGCCUGGGCAACAUGUUGAGACCCCAGCUCUACAAAACAGCAGCAGAAACAAAAGCAAACAACAGCAACGUACACAAACAAAAAAAAACAAAGAAAUUAGGGCAGCCGAGCUGUUCAGCUGAGAAUUGCCAUGGUUCUGAGUUGAGCUUGGGAUGCUGUUUUCCUUUGCGGGCAAUCACAGUAGGGGGCUAGAUGCCCAUUAAGGUAGUCAGUGCUUAUCUUCCCCAGACUCUAUUCAAUUCCAGUGCAAUGCCAUUAUCUCAGAACAGAUAGAAGGGAAAUGGACUUACUGGCCAGGGGCUGCUAGCGUUUCUGCCUCUGCCAGGAGGGACGGCCUGGUAGGAGCAUCCUCUGCCUGUCAUCCUGAGAAACCCCAUUUGCCAGCAGGGAUCAGUCCGUUACUCACUUUCGACACUCUCGCUGUAGAGAUGGUGGCAGCAACUUCAAUUAAUCCUAGAAAAUGAAAUCUCCCAGCUGAUGACAGCACUUACAUUCCCUAAAGCUUUCCAGAUCAUGCCAUGUUGCUUUUAUGAUUCAGACAAAAAAAAAAAAAAAAAUGAAAAAAGGGUCAUUCAGGGAAUGAAUAUUUAUCAAGAGGAUUUUAUUUGCAUACAGAAUGGCUCUUGGGGGAGUGAGUGAUUAAAAACAAAAUCUAGUAUUCUAGUAUUAGGCCAUUUGUUUCCACCUGCAACAGUGAACAUAAAGGACCUGGAAUUCCAAUAGGUCCUGCCCAUUUUAUAUAAAAUUACAGGAAAAUGUGAGCUGCUCAGAGGCCUUUGAAGGUUUGCAAAUGUCUGUAUGUAUUUGUCCAUCCACUAAAAACAACAUUCAUUUCCACUGCGGAAAAAUGAAAGAAUGUGGGAGUCCCCGGGCUGUUCUAAGCAUUUCCAAACCCCAGAGUCAGAAGCAUAUUUGUCUAGUUGAUGGCUUGUCACGUGAUCCGUGUAAUCCUCACAUUGAAUAUAGUGAUGAUUGACCUUAUUAUUUUACCUUUUUUUUAAAAAAAAGCUUUUAAAAUGUAUUUUAAUAGACAAUAACAUAUUUACAUGAGUACAAAAGGACAUCCAAUAAAAAUUCUUCAUCCUACCCCAGUACCCAGCUUCCUUGGUUCCCUCUCUGGAAGCAACCACUGUUAACAGUUUCUCCUGUAUCAUUUCAGAGUUAUUUUAUGCUUAUACAAGGAAAUAUGUAACUGCUUCUUCUCUUCCUUUUAAAUUUUAACACAAGUGGUAACACAGAGCCACUGUUAUUUUUCACUUAAUUUACUUUGGAGAUUGUUCCCUAUCCUUAAAGAGCAUGCUUAUUUUUUCAUGACGGCAAUCUAGUUUGUUGUAUGGAUGUAUGACAACAUUUAAAUGACUCUCCCAUUGAUGGGCAUUUGCGUUGUUUCCAAUCUUAUGCUGUUAAAAAUAAUGCUGCAAUAAAACAAUCUUGUGCAGACAUCA